CUCUCUCUCUCUCGCUCUUCACUUUACCACAGAGCAGGAGGACACAACUCAAGUCUCUCAGAUUUUAAUCAAUGGAGGUUUCAGAAGAGCAAAGGCAAAGAGACGAAGCGAAUCGAUUAGUGUUGUUUGGGGAGAAACGUAAGCCGUCGUUUGAUUCUUCAGGAAACUCACAGCGACAACAAGAUUUCAGGUUAGCUAAAUGUCGAAAGCUCGAUGACGGUAACGAUGUUCGAUUUCAAGAACGGAAUCGGAACUACGAAUCGGGUACAAGUGUUCCGGAAAAGUUCCGGGUCAGGCUUGAGAUCUGUUCCCCUGAUUCGUUUUCGGUGACGCCGUUUCAAUUGCAAGGGUUUCGUUGCCCUGAAGAGCAAGAGUGUCUUCGUCAAUUGCGAGAGAUUCUAUCUGAUGCGAUUCCUUCACACUACACUCAAAAUCAAGAUGGAGGAAAAGCUGAGAUUUAUAAGAUGAGAGACUACAGUAUGGUCUCUGGAUGUCUUAAAAGGUCUAAGAGAGUUGAAGUUGAAGUUAUACCUUGGAAGACGUUGGCUGUUGUUGAGAAACUUUCUCAGUCAUGCUUCUCUGGGAAAUGGCAACCUUGUAUACCUGAACAUUUUUCGGAGGAGAAGGUUGAAGAACUGAUUGAAACCCUGCCGAGGAAAUUGGUGAAUGCUCUUUUGCCUUUCCAACUUGAUGGUCUGAGAUUUGGUUUACGGAGAGGUGGCAGGUGUCUUAUAGCUGAUGAAAUGGGGCUUGGAAAGACGCUUCAGGCCAUUGCCAUUGCUGGUUGCUUCAUAAAUGAGGGUUCCAUACUUGUUGUCUGUCCAGCUGUUUUGCGUUUCUCGUGGGCAGAAGAAUUGGAACGUUGGUUGCCAUUUUGUUUGCCUUCUGACGUACAUCUCGUUUUUGGUCAUCAAAAUAAUCCUGCCUAUUUACCAAGAUGGCCAAAAGUUGUGGUUAUCUCAUACAAGAUGCUUCAGCAUCUUCGGACGACCAUGCUUGAGCGAGAGUGGGCCCUCUUAAUAGUAGAUGAAUCUCAUCAUCUACGAUGCUCGAAAAAGAAGUCAGAUACACCUGAGAUAAAGACAGUCCUUGAUGUUGCUGAAAAGGUUAAGCACAUAGUUCUGUUAUCAGGAACUCCUUCUUUAUCGAGGCCCUUUGACAUCUUCCAUCAGAUAAAUAUGCUAUGGCCUGGUUUGCUGGGAAAGGACAAGUAUGAGUUUGCGAAAACCUAUUGUGAAGUUGGGCUUGUCAGAGGUAUCCAAGGGAAAAUUUUCCAGGAUUUUUCAAAGGGUACUCGCUUACUGGAACUAAACAUACUGCUAAACCAAACAGUGAUGAUAAGAAGACUGAAGCAGCAUGUGCUAACACAGUUACCCCCAAAACGUAGGCAAAUCGUAACCAUACUUCUAAAGAAGUCCGAUAUAGCUUUAGCAAUGUCUAUUGUCAGCGAGGCUAAUAAACAAAAAGAUGGUGCUAUAGCAGAAACCACAGAGAACUCACAUGAACCUAAGCAUCAAAAUGCUCGUGGAUCAAAUGAAGCUGGACAUGUAGACGCAGAGAACUCUGAAGGCCCUGAGACUGACAAAGAGAAUCAACUAUGUGGGAAACUUUCCUAUCAACAACUUGGCAUUGCAAAGCUUUCUGCCUUUCGUGAAUGGUUAUCCCUACAUCCACUUCUAUCAAGAUUGGAUUAUACCCCAGAAGAAAUUGAUGGAGACACAAGUUCAACUAAAAUGGUCAUUUUUGCACAUCACCACAAGGUUCUGGAUGGAAUUCAGGAAUUUAUAUGUGAUAAAGGGAUUGGUUUCGUCCGCAUUGAUGGGAUGACAUUGCCAAGAGAUAGACAAUUGGCUGUACAGUCAUUUCAGUUUUCUAGUGAGGUAAAAGUUGCAAUUAUUGGCGUAGAAGCUGGGGGAGUUGGACUUGAUUUUUCAGCAGCACAAAAUGUUGUGUUCGUUGAAUUGCCUAAAACACCGUCACUGUUGCUUCAGGCAGAGGAUAGAGCACAUAGGCGAGGUCAGACAAGUGCAGUCAAUGUAUACAUCAUUUGCGCAAAGGAUACUAUGGACGAGACAAAUUGGCAAAAUCUGAACAAGAAGUUGCACCGUAUUUCAUCUACUACUGAUGGAAAAUAUGAUGGGAAGACCGAAAUUGAAAUUGAAAGAGCAUAUAUUUUCAAGCCUGCUGAAGAAAGCAGUGAAAGAGAAGUUCUUGAAGCGCAACCAUCAAAAGCUAAUACUGUAGUAGCUGAUAAGAUUGUUGAAAGCUGUGAAGAUUUGGGAUCUGGGACAGAUGAAUUUAUAUGUGAUAAAGGGAUUGGUUUCGUCCGCAUUGAUGGGAUGACAUUGCCAAGAGAUAGACAAUUGGCUGUACAGUCAUUUCAGUUUUCUAGUGAGGUAAAAGUUGCAAUUAUUGGCGUAGAAGCUGGGGGAGUUGGACUUGAUUUUUCAGCAGCACAAAAUGUUGUGUUCGUUGAAUUGCCUAAAACACCGUCACUGUUGCUUCAGGCAGAGGAUAGAGCACAUAGGCGAGGUCAGACAAGUGCAGUCAAUGUAUACAUCAUUUGCGCAAAGGAUACUAUGGACGAGACAAAUUGGCAAAAUCUGAACAAGAAGUUGCACCGUAUUUCAUCUACUACUGAUGGAAAAUAUGAUGGGAAGACCGAAAUUGAAAUUGAAAGAGCAUAUAUUUUCAAGCCUGCUGAAGAAAGCAGUGAAAGAGAAGUUCUUGAAGCGCAACCAUCAAAAGCUAAUACUGUAGUAGCUGAUAAGAUUGUUGAAAGCUGUGAAGAUUUGGGAUCUGGGACAGAUGUAUCAAAUACUAUUGAUCUUAAGGACGACCUGAUUUCUCAUUUGGAUAUAUUAGAAGCGUGUCCUUUUGAUGAAAAUGGUUCCGGCUCUGAGAUGAGGUCUUCUGGAAGCAUUUCUUCUACUAUGUUAGACCAGGAAAACCAAGAAAAUCAUCAGCCUGAAAUUUUUAUUGCUGAUGAUGGGCUUGUGAAAGAAGAUGAUUCCAGUUCCAUUUAUCCACUUGUCGAUCCCCUGCGAUUUGAGGUGAGCCAAAACACUGGAAGAAUUCAUUUAUAUUCUUGCAUUCCUGGGAAAGAUCCACGACCAAGGCCUUGCUUCGAGAACUUCCGACCAGAAGAGAUUGAAGCAAGCAAUUUAAGUCAGGGUAUCAAUAAAGAAACAAGUCCUGAAUCCAAUACGGAUGAUACGGUUCAUGUACUUGCUAUUUUAGAAUUUCUGAAAGAGUGGAAAUCAUUACGGCCAAUCGAAAAGCGGAAACUACUUGGAAAGCCUUUACAAUUACCUCUGUCACUGGAGUUAAGCUACUUGAGUGAAAGUGCUAGCCACAACAGCGAGGGAUUGCUCAGGGGAGGGAGCAAAAGACGAAACACACCGUUUUCUGAGAUCAGUAUUCCUUUACCUGCAAGUGCAGUGUGGAAAAAGGUCAACCUUAGAAGUGGACACCAAAGAAAGGAAAAAGAAUACACCCAAGCUUGGAGUAUGAGUAACGAACCACUCUGUAAACUCUGUCAAAAGCCCUGCAAGGGAAACAACGCCAAGGAGCCUGAGUAUUUUGAGGAUCUUUUCUGUGAUCUUGCAUGCUAUGAAGAUUACCGAAUAAGAACAAGCGGCAGAUAUAUUCGCCAGGAACUUUUCCAGAUAGAACAUGGAAUUUGCACAAACUGCAAAUUAGACUGCCACCAACUCGUCAGACGGUUAAGGCCUUUACCACUGGAAAAACGCCGUAAAUACAUAAACCAAGUUGCUCCUGAAUUGUUUGCCCGGAAGAACUUGCUUGAAACCCUGGUCACUGAUCCAACCGAGGGAAAUGCGUGGCAUGCAGAUCAUAUCAUUCCAGUGUACCAAGGUGGAGGCGAGUGUCGGCUAGAGAACAUGAGGACACUUUGUGUGGCAUGUCAUGCCGAUGUCACUGCAGCUCAAUGCGUGGAACGUAAAGUGAUACGGUCCGAAGCCAGAAAACAACUCAAAAACACUUUAAAAGAACUCAGAAACAUACCAAAGCAAACAGAUCUCUCGGCUGACGACUGCACAAAGGAGACUGAUUCAGUAACCGAUGAAGAGGAAGAUGAGCUUUUGGUUGAAGUUCCCGGUAGUUCUUACUCCAUAGAUCAGAAAAUCAAUCAUGCCUCGUAA